GACACACACACACACACACACACACACACACACACACACAGUGAGCAGUCCGUCCUCUGACUGCGACAAUCUCAGAUCAGAUUAAAACGAGGACUUUAAUGAUUCGUCGAUCGUCUGUUCUGUUCUGAAGAAUCUGAUCUACAGUUUCCACCUCGGACUUUACACAUCAUCAUCACCAUCGUCGUCUUUGUCAGCUUCAGUUCCAGGAAGUGAAAGAGCCGGAGGUCCUGUUGUCUGCAGCUUGUCUGACGAACGUCCUGUCAGAUGGCGGACGCUCUGACGAUUCUGUACGCAGUUCUGAUGGUUCUGUCCAGUGCUGCCUCCGUCUGUGGGAACCUGCUCCUGCUGCUGGUGCUGCUCCUCAACAAGGAUCUUCGUUCCGACACGCUGGGCCUCAUCGUGAGCUUCAGCCUCAGCGACUUGGCCCUUGGACUCUCCACCCUCCCGUCCGGGGCGGUCAACAGCCUCUCCCCACCCUCCGGGUACCGCAGCGAGGGCGUGUUCUGUCAGGGCAGCGGCUUCAUCUUCCUCCUCCUGCAGACCUCCUCCGUCCACUCGCUCACCUGGGCGACUGUGGACAAGUUCACAGAGAUCUGCUUCGCCCUCAGCUACCGCAGCAUCUGGACCGCGGGGCGCAGUCGGGCGGUGCUGGUUCUAGUCUGGCUAUUCUGUCUUGUGACCGCCACCCUGCCCCUGCUGGGGUUCGGCAGCUAUGCCUACAGCGAGUCACGGUUCCUGUGCUGCCCAAGCUUCACGCCUGACAACAGGCACUUUGUGGCGCUGUGGAUGUUGUUGGGCAUCGUGGCGCCGAUCGUCACCACUUGCUCUCUGUACGGAUAUAUCGUCUACGUGGCCCGUAAGCAGGCGCGCAGAGGAACCUUCAUGUGCAACGAGCUGCACUGCUUUUACGUUCCUGCCAACAACUACCUGAGGAGCUCCAUGGUGAUGGUCACCACCUCAGUGUGUCUGCUGGUCUGCUGGCUUCCCUACAUCUCAGUGUGUCUGUACGAGACCAUCAGUGGUCAGCAGAGUCCUGCCGUGACCUCUGCCCUCUCUGCCUGGCUGGUUCUGACCAGCGCCGCCCUCGACCCAUGGAUCACCUGUAUGACGCAGACCAGGUUCAGGGCGGCGGUGCGUCGGACUGUCGGUGUGUUCACUCGCAGGUGUUCGUGCUUUGGGACACGCCCACAGAGCUCCGCCCUGCAGCUGCACCCAACCAAUCGCAUCAGUACAACUACAGCGUCAACUUGUCCAGCGUCAUCACCAACAACACCAAUGUCAACAGCAUCGUGAUCAACACCAACACCGACGGCUGCAUUAGACCAGAUCACAGUGCAUCCUGGAAAAUGUAGUUCCACAUCCAGAACAUUCACACAGUCUGAGUGGUUCAUGUUUAAGGUCAGAGGUCAGAGGUCAGGUGUUCGUACCUGGUUGACGACCUCGAAGUAAAGAGCCAGUGUGGUGCUGGGAUCCAAACCGCAGAUCUUCCACUGACACGUUCCACCGGUACCGAUCUCCUGUGAACACAGUGAAGCCUGUUACACCUGUGCACCUGUCCUGGAGGUCAGAGGUCAGAGUGCGUUGGAGGUCACGUACGUUCUCAGAGACACAGGGUCCUUUAGCGUUCAGAGACACACAGGGUCCGAUGGCUCCGGACAGCUUCACUUCUCUGGACGUCUGAAACACAAAGUGCAGCAGUUUGUUCACCUGGGGCGUGGCCUCUGUGCUCCCUCCAGAGGGCGUGGCCUCUGUGCUCCCAUCAGCGAUCAUACCUUGACCUCCAGCGUGGCAGCGAACGCCAUCUUAAAAGACCCCUGGACAUCUUUGGUGAAAACUCUCUGAAAGGUUUGUUUAAACAAAGAUGUGUUGAAGGAGUCCGCCAUCACCAUGUAGCCUCUGGACAC